AUGUUCGUCGAGGAGGUCAUCAUCGACGGCUUCAAGUCGUACGCGACGCGCACCGUCGUCUCUGGCUUCGACCCGCGCUUCAAUGCCAUCACGGGCCUGAACGGCUCCGGGAAGAGCAACAUCCUAGACGCGAUCUGCUUCGUGCUGGGCAUCACCAACCUCUCGGCGGUCCGCGCGGCCAACCUCCAAGAGCUUGUGUACAAGCAGGGCCAAGCCGGCGUGACCAAGGCGAGCGUGACCAUCGUCUUCAACAACAGCGACGCGGCCAAGAGCCCGGUGGGCUACGAGCAGUACAAGCAGAUCUCGGUCGCGCGCCAGGUCGUGCUCGGCGGCAAGAACAAGUACUUGAUCAACGGCCACACGGCGCAGGUCAGCCAGGUGCAGAACCUCUUCCACUCGGUGCAGCUCAACGUCAACAACCCGCACUUCCUCAUCAUGCAAGGCCGCAUCACCAAGGUGCUCAACAUGAAGCCGCCGGAGAUCCUUGGCAUGAUCGAGGAGGCGGCGGGGACACGCAUGUACGAGAACAAGAAGCAGGCCGCGCUCAAGACGAUGGCGAAGAAGGAGAAGAAGGUCGACGAGAUCAACAAGAUCCUGGCCGACGAGAUCACGCCGACGCUUGAGAAGCUCCGGAAGGAGAAGCGCAACUACAUGCAGUGGGCCGCCAACAACACGGAGGUCGAGCGCCUCACGCGCUACUGCGUCGCGUACGACUACACAAAGGCCUUGGGCAUCUCGAGCAAGUCGAGCACCGAGCUCUCGGACCUGCAGGCCUCGCUCGCGGCCGCGCAUGCCAGAAAGGCCGAGCACGUCGCUGCGAUUGACGCGCUCGCCGACGAGAUGGACGAGAUCCAGAGCACGCGCGACGCGCAGCUGCAGGGCGACUUUGACGAGCUCAAGAGCAAGGAAGACGCGAUCGGGCGCGACGUCGUCAAGCUGCGCACCAAGGCGACCAACCACGCGUCAACCGUCGGCGCCGCCAAAACGCAGCUGGCGACGCUUCACGAACAGGCGGCCGACCUCGACCAAGCGAUCGCGUCGCAAGAAGCCUCAAUUGCGGCCUUGAUGCAGCGCGGCGAGAGCAUCGAGGCGACGCACACGGCGCGCGCUCAAGCCGUGACGGACCUGAGCGGCGAGAUCCAGGCGCUCAACGCCGGCGUGAGCAGCUCAAGCUCCAAGCAGUCGCUCACGGACCAGCUCGCGACCAAGACGCGCGAGCUCCAGGCCACAAACACGCACAUCCAGCAGCUGCAGCUCAAGUUGUCACACCACGUGACGUCGGUGGCCGCCAAGCAGGCGCAGCUCGCCAAGACCAAGAGCCAAAACAAGGCCAUCGAAGCCAGCGAAGCGACGCUCUUGGGCGACGUGCAACGCCUCGAGGAGCAGGUCGCGGACCUCGAGCGCCGCUUCAACCCCGGCGCGGAAGCCGAGUUGCGGGCGAAAAGCGACGACCUGCAGCGGCGCGUGGGGCAGCUGCAGCGGGAGUUGGACGACGCCACCGCCAGCGUCGCCGCGCGCCUUCGCCUCGACUUUGACACGCGGGCGGUCAACCCACGCGGCGUGCACGGCAUGGUCGCCAAGCUGCUCUCGGUGCGCGACGGCGCCCACGCGACCGCGCUGGAAAUGGCGGCGGGUGGAAAGCUGUACCAGAUUGUGGUCGACAACGAGCACACGGGCCAGGCUCUCAUCGAGCGCGGGAAGCUCAAGGGGCGCGUGACGGCCAUUCCGCUCAACCAGAUCACGCACCGGACGCUCACGGCGGCGCAAGUGGCGGCCGCGCAGCGCAUUGCGCGCGACAAGCGGGGCAAGGCGUGGCCGGCCCUGGAUCUGAUUGAUUACGAUGCCGCGGUCGCGCCGGCGAUGGCGUACGCCUUUGGCGCGACAUUCGUCUGCGACUCGAGCGCGACUGCCGAGGCCGUCACGUUCCACAAGGACGUCCGGGCGCGCACGGUGACCCUCGAAGGCGACUCGUUCGACCCGGCGGGCACGCUCCAGGGCGGGUCGGCGCCGAAGAACCACAGCGCGAUUCUGAGCCGCGCGCACGCCGUCGCGGGCCUUGCGAAGAAGCUGGAGCGCGCGCGCGCCGAGCGCAACGCUGUCGCGGACGAGCUCGACGCGAUGCGCGACGACGCCAUGGCGUACGCCGACCUUCAGCGCAAACUGGACCUCAAAGCGCACGAGCUCUCGCUGCUGCGGCGGCAGAUCCAAGAAACCUCGUAUGCCCAGAUCCAGGCCGAGCUCGCGCGACUCGAAGCCGACCACGCCGCAGCCAACUCGGACCUCGCGACCGCGACGGCGUCCGUGCCGACGCUCGAGGCCGCGAUCCGCGCGCUGCAGGAGGACAUUGCGUCGAUGGCGACGGGCCGCGAAGGUCGGCUCAAGUCGCUGGGCGUGCGCCUCAAGGACGCCAAAGCGGCGCUCGUCUCGGCGGCGUCAUCGCUGCAGACGCACACGCAGUCGGUCACAGAGCUCAAGCUCGAGCUCGACACGAUGCGGGACGAAAAGACGGCGCUCUUGGAGGCACUCGCGGCGGCCGACACGAGCCUCCAGUCGCUGCAAACCGAGUCGGACAAGGUGCGCAGCGCGCUUCGUGGCAUGGAAGCCAGCCUGGCCGAGGUCUCGGCGCAGCUCCAGGCGCAGCGCGCGAGCUUGGCGCAGUGCGACGAGGAGCUCAAGGGUCUCCAAGCCACGCUCGAGGCGCGCCAGAAGAGCAACCUCCAGAAGCAGCACCCGUGGAUUGCGACCGAGAAGGAGUACUUUGGCCGCGACCAGUCGGACUUUGAUUUCAAGCGGCUGGAACUCAACGUGGCCAAGAGCCGGCUCGCGGAGCUCAAGGACGCGCAGGGCUCGCUGGCCAAGAAGAUCAACAAGAAGGUCAUGGGCAUGAUCGAGAAGGCCGAGUCCGAGUACCAGAGCUUGAUGGAGAAGCGGACGAUCAUUGAGAAAGACAAGACCAAGAUCAACUCUGUCAUUACCGAGCUCGACACGAAGAAGAACGAGGCGCUCGAGAUCACGUGGCAAAAGGUCAACAAGGACUUUGGCUCGAUCUUUGCGACGCUCUUGCCGGGCACGAGCGCCAAGCUCGACCCGCCGGACGACGGCUCGAUCCUCGACGGGCUCCAAGUCAAGGUCGCGUUUGGCGGCGUCUGGAAGGAGAGUCUCACGGAGCUCAGCGGCGGCCAGCGCUCGCUGCUCGCGCUCUCGCUCAUUUUGUCGCUCUUGCUCUUCAAGCCCGCGCCCAUGUACAUCCUCGACGAGGUGGACGCGGCGCUGGACCUCUCGCACACGCAGAACAUUGGGCAAAUGAUCCGGUCGCACUUUAGCCACUCGCAGUUCAUCGUUGUCUCGCUCAAGGAAGGCAUGUUCAACAACGCCAACGUGGUCUUCCAAACCAAGUUUGUCGACGGCGUCUCGACCGUCGCCCGGUCCACGCCCCACGGACGCUAA